AACAUCAUUGAUGACUCACAAACUGUUGAUGUGGGCGAAAACGGCACUGCCGCCUCGUCUUUUGCCGAGGCUUCGACAUCGUUUUUCUACGGGAAUCAAACUAGUCGCACUGGAAGUAGCUCUACUGGUAGCUCUGAAUCUACUGAUGGAACAACAAGGAGGAGACCGCGUCUACGAGGGGCAGCAAGAUAUUCAACGUUUGUGUCUCUGUCGACUGGUACAGGAGCAGUUCGACCAGUUCGACCAGUGCGCCGUCCACAUGGUACUCCGCCACCUGAUGGAGUUGAAGUUGUCUCGGGCCUCCUGGAUAGUGCAGGAGAUGGAGGACAACAGGUAUCCGCGAAAACCCGACGACGACCUGGACAAUCUGUGUCAGAAGAUUUAUCAGCGGACGAGCCGAGAGAAGGAGACGCUGCACAAUCCCCAUUUAGCCCGGGAGGCAAUAGUCCUGGAGGGCCACGUAUUCGCACCAAUUAAUAAAUAUUUAUAAUCAUUAUGACAGGGAAUUGAAAUUGUUGGACCACAAGAACACAGGCCUCCGUGCCUUGGUUCGUUUCUCAGUGGAAACACAAAGUCAGAAUCUUGAAUGCAAGCAAAUCUUGAUACUCCUGCCUGAGACUUGCGAUCUCUGGCUGGUGUAAUCCCUGUUUGGUUCAUUGGGUGAGAUGAAUCAUACAUCAGCAGCGUAAGCAUGUCAGAAGGGAUCGGACUGAACGUGCAUCAUAUGACUAGGAUCAGCACAGCCGUGCCUAGUCUACGCCUUGACCAUUAUGAUUAUGCAUUGAUUGCGCAUUGAAUGUGCAUUGGAAGUAGCAUCCAUGAUCAUUGACAUUCAUGCUUUGCGAGAUCAUCCCGAUGACAGUCGAGCGCGAGGCUUUGUGUGAGCCACUGAGAACAGAACGACACGACAUCCGAGAGGCUUGAGCCAUACAUGACCAACGCCCCUCCUCAAUCGAUGCGGGUCGAAGUCCGUCUCACGUGACCGCCUCGCUGUGUGUUGAGUCACGGCAACCGCGUCUCUUGUUUAGUGUAUGUGACCUGGCUACGGUGGUUUAGAAACCAAAAUAAACCGAAUAUAUUGCGCUAUAGUAAGCUAAAUCAUCCUCAUCUGUUUCGUCAUCAGAGGAAUCGCAGUCAUCUUCUCUACUUGUAGUUAUCGGGUUAUCUACGUGGUGUAGGAUAAGUCUACGCUGGGUGGCACUGCAGGUUAGUUUCGAAAGUGGGCCUGCCUUCAUCAGGUUGGUAGGACAGAGCACGACCUUACUAGCAGCGUCGCGCACUCUUAGAUAACGUAAAGCAUAGUGUCUACUUUUAGGGCGGGUGUCUGUUGCUUUGGCUGUUGUGGUCGCAGACUGGUUGUCUAUCCACAAUGCAGCACCCAUUGUCUAAGGAGGGAGGCAAGCCGUUCUGUGUGUGUACCAACUGGGUUGGAAGAGGCUUGUAGAGGUCUGUGAAGUCAUGCACCUCACUGAGCACUAUCGUGUCAGAAGCUGCAAUAUACUCACUUUCAGCCGUUGCGUAGGCUCUAACCGUUUGUCGGUUACUCCUCCACGCUAUGGGCGUACCUUUGUAAUACAUUAUGGAGCCACUUGCGCUUCUCAUGGUUUUGAUGCAGUUGGCGAAACCAGCAUCACUGAAUAUGUUUACCUCUGGCAUGUCUCUGCCUUCUGGUAGAAGUUUCUCAUAUAUUUUGUUGAAUUCUUCUUCCUUUUCUGGUGGGUAUUCUACUCCUUUGUCUUUUGUUGACACCAGGCAUUUUAGGACUUUCUUGGCUGCUUUGGCCAUUCUUGUUGGCGUGGGUUUACUGACAUGUCUAGCCAGCGCUGCUACCGGAGCAGAGAUAUCCGGGCGCGCGGUUACAGCUACCCAUAGUAAGGCACCAACUACCUCACGAAAGGGAUACCCAUCAACUAUCUUGAUCUUGUCUUCAGGAAAAGUUGUUUCGUCAAAAUUGGGCGAGUAAACCGGUUUCCCUAGUUGAGCCUCGUACUUCUUAGCAAUUUUAUCGAUGUGCUGCUCCAUGCACAGUCUGAACGACUUAGCUUCACGGCCAUAGUACACGAUCGCACCUAAGAAGUCGAACUUUAGCCAUUCGAGACCCCAGGGGGUUAGAAUUGGCUCGACUUCAAUCGCACGGCCUGGAGCACGUGUGAAAAUGAGGCCUAGUUCGGUCUUGAGCUCAUCUAGGUCAGGACUUGUAGCAAGAUUGUCAUCUACAUAGACAGACAUCUUCAGGAACUUCCCCGGUGCUUUGCUGCUCGGUUUGCGCCACAAUCCAGGCGCAGAAGUACACGGCUCCCAACCAAGACUGGCUAGAGUCUCGUGAUACCUCUUGAACCAUGCUCGUGGUGCGUCCUUCAAGCCGUAUAGAGCUCUCUUGAGCUUCGCGAUCUCGUAUCCAUGCUGUUUCGCCCAGAUGGGUGGAAGACGGCAGUAGACAUCUCGAUCGAGUUCGGCAUUGAGGAACGCUGAAUCUAAAUCGAACGGGAUCACAUAGUCCCCCUCUGACGCAGCAGAAGUGAGGAGCAACCUAUUAGCGGCAUGUGAUACCACGGGAGCAAAGGUUUUUAGCUCUCCCGAACGAUCUAAAUUACCGAGUACGCAGGCUCUUGCCUUGUAUUUUCCACAUCUCUUUCUUCUUAGUAUGAUGGCAAUCGGUAGAGCCCGCAACGCGGUUGCUAGCUGCUCGCCAGUAGCUUCCUCCCACGUUUUAAAGGCUAGUAGUCUCGCGUGCUCAAUGUCAAUGACUUCCUUCCACUUUUCAGCUUCAGGACUCUUUAUUGCAUUGGCAACGGACAGUAUCACACGUGACUCGACGACUUCCUCAUCUUCGUCUAUCUCACACGUGCCACCGAUAGCACUUGCGAACAGCGCCAAACCCUUUCUGAGUUCUUCCAUCUGUUUCUUUGUUCUACGAAUCCUUCCUCCAGCCUUGUCCUACCUUGGCUCCUUUCGGUCGGCCACGCUUCUUGCCGUGUGUAUGGCGUUCGCCUGCCACAACACGCGCGGGAGAUAGCGCUUUCGAUCUAGUCGGACUAGGUGAGUCAGAGACUCGGUCCUUCGUUUCAACUUUCCCCUCCUCAAUUGAAGCACCUUCAGAAGAGUCAGCCACGUCGGAUUCAGCCUUCUUGUCUAAGGUUUCAGCAUAUAGUUCUUCGGGAAUGCCGGUCGGUCCACCUGAGGCGCGCUCCGUGCCAGAGGACCCCGAUUGCUGAUCCAGCCUUGGCUUUGCACUGACUGCCCAAUCAAGGGGGAGCCCAGCGACGACGCUCCACGCUGCAAGUUUUCCAGUUCAUCGCACUCAUAGUAAAAGCCCUUUCUAUCUGGCGUUAGCCAGUCUAUGUCCUUUAUUAGAUAAUCCUCUCUGAACUUGACGUCUAGGGUAGAGUAUUCCGCCCAUCGAUGUCCAAGCUUGCAACGAUCGUCAUGAGCGAAAGUAGCAACCAACCAACCAGACGACUUCGGACAGAGUCCAAGGAAGACGCCACGGCGAUAUUUGGCCGAGAGCUUGGAUUCAGGAGCGUUGGCUUGAAUUUGUUCACGAAAGUAAACAAGACAACCAAAUCGGCGGAGCAUGCCGAUUUUGCUUUUGGAAGAAUUUCUACCAGUUCUUUCUUCAAGAAUCUCUAUUGAGUUGGACUCUUUCCAUCGUGUUCUGGCAUUUUGGCGUAAUUAUGCGGAAGACGAUCCCAGCAGUCACUAGCGUACUCAACACAGUAACACCAAAGACGUCGACCACAUUUCGUUAGCAUUGUUCUCACGCUGCCAAACAAGGCCCGCAUAAAACGUUCAGCAGUCCCAUUCAUUUCCGGAUUAUAAGGAACAGCCGGACUGUCUGAGACCCGCAGCGAUUGCAUGAGUUUGGUCAUGUCAUCACUGCCGAGGACUGGUUCUCCAUCCCUCCGGAUGAACCGUGCUACCUUGUCAUCUAGCGAUAAGGAGUAGUCUUGUCGAAUGCCUUUUAUGACUUGUUCUAUUUCCUCCACACAGUCACUUGUAAGCUUCAGCGGUCGACAAAGCGCCUCUCUAAUUGCGUCACAUAUGACAACUAGAAAAAUCAUAGAUCUUACUGAAACAGGUUUUAUUCCUACAGCAAAGUCUAUUGCAAGUAGUUUGAGAGGUUCGGGCUUGUAGGUAGUCACGUCUCUAGAGUUUGCGUGGGAUUUUCGUUGUCUUUUAUGUAGGUCACAUUCUGGACAGCUAACUUGUAGACCAUCUAUGUGAAAAUGGCCACACCUCUUGUGUAGUUCUAAUCUCGUAAGAUAGCAACUAGAGGAUGCACAAGCGAAGCCGCUUUCGUGUUUGUUUUCAAAGAAACUGCAUGCGAGUGCGGGUAACUGCAGGCGUGGGUGAGCUCUGAUGGGUAGCAUCUGGCUGGUGUCCGUGUGCACGAUACAACCGCCAGUGCCUUUGAAGUUGAGCUCCCACCUUAAUUGCGAGCAGUUUCUGUCUCCUAACCGUGGCAAUAUGCGAUCUAUGUUUCCAGGUAGAGAAUCAUAGCAAGCCCCAUUCUUUAUUCCAAGUGUGUUGUUCUUGAGUUUUCCGACUUUUUCGUCCUUAGUGCCUGCGCUACCUGUUAUUCUACAAAUGUUGUUACCAAUUUCAUCGAAAUCGUCUCUGUGUCGUGAAAGAUAUCUGUUUGCACAACUAUCCACUAGCGUUGCGUCUUCUGUUGUUCUAGUAUUCAAGGUCGUGAAACUAUAUCCAUCUGUAUUGUAGCUAUCAGCAUGACUAACAACAUUUGUCGCUAUUUCAUCUUCUUCGAAAUUCAGCGAACACUUCCCAAAUUCGUACGGUUCCGUCGCUCAGCUUCGAUUGUGCGAGUUCAUGACGUUGAGCAUCUCCGCAACCUGCGACAUGUGGAUCAUGCCACUGCUAUUACCCUUUCCGCCUUUGCCUCUAGAACUACUAGAUGAGGCUCCGGUAGUCCAACUUCCCUGUCCCUGUUGAAGGGCUCGUGUGUUAUGCCAGCACUCGGAGGACUUGUGUCCGACCUUGUGGCAGCAAGCACAGCGGGGUGGAUAGGUAUUCUUAUUUCCUUUUCCUUUAUCUUUCUUCGGCUUUUGUCCGCCGUUCUUUCCUCCUUUGGGUUGGUACCCGUAGGAGUUGUAGACCUCGGCGAUUGCCUUCUUCUUUUCUUUCUGCUUGAAACGCUUGAGGGCGUUAGCGGAAGUGAAGGUCUUACCAUCUGCCUUAUUGUUUGGCCUCUGCCUCGUCAUCAUCCUCGUUCUCAUCAUCGCGAGGGCGCUUGUUCGAGGUUUCCUGAACAUUGACCGGAAACGCUUUCCCGAAGGAGUCGUUCUCAAUUUUGUAGGUUCCCUCCUCGAUCAACGUUGUGAGACGUUUCUCAAGUCGGUCUCCAAUUUGGUCAAAUGUCAGGCCAUCUUCUUCUUGCAUCCGCUCGAUAGUCGCUUUGAAGUUCUUGCAGAACAAAUCGGGCAACUUCAGCAGGAUCGCUCCGUUCUGUUGAUCAGCUUCGGGCAGAUCUGCAUCCGGCGGGAAGACGGUGGGCGAUUGGUUCAUGAUGUCGCGGAUCUUUGAGAGGAACUCCUUGACGUCUGCAGGCUGGUCGCUGUUGUGGAACUUCGUCAGUCCCUCCGACAACGGCUUGACCUUCGUGCGCUGCUCCUGGCGAUUGUUCGCGUUGAAGUUCCCUUGUUCACGAAGUAGAGCAACAACUUCACCAGCAUCCAUUUCGUCCACCGCGCCAUCGUUAUUCUGAUUGUCGACGAACGACUUGGCCGCACCUUUCAGACUUCGCAUGAUUACGUCUUUCAGGUUGCGCCACUUCUGGCGGAUCGCGUCUUCGCGACUGGUAUUACCUUGCGGUGCACCAUGUGGAACGGCCGGCACGUUGACUACAUUCGUGUAGUUCUCAAGUAAGCCUAGGCGACUAGCUUCUUGACGUACGGCUCGUUGCCACUCGCGCCAGUCGGACGUCUGUCCCAACUUCUUGGGGAUCUCCUUGGCCUCGCAGGGCGUUUUGAUGGAUUUGUUUAUUGUACUACACUACUUCCAAUUUUGUUUUACUUUUGCCGCUCAAGGGUUAGACCAGUGUUGGACCACAAGAGCACAGGCCUCCGCGCCUUGGUUCGUUUCUCAGUGGAAACACAAAGUCAGAAUCUUGAAUGCAAGCAAAUCUUGAUACUCCUGCCUGAGACUUGCGAUCUCUGGCUGGUGUAGUCCCUGUUUGGUUCAUUGGGUGAGAUGAAUCACACAUCAGCAGCAUAAGCAUGUCAGAAGGGAUCGGACUGAACAUGCAUCAUAUGACUAGGAUCAGCACAGCCGUACCUAGUCUACGCCUUGAUCAUUAUGAUUAUGCAUUGACUGUGCAUUGAAUGUGCAUUGGAAGUAGCAUUCAUGAUCAUUGACAUUCAUGUCUUGUGAGAUCAUCCCGAUGACAGUCGAGCACGAGGCUUUGCGUGAGCCACUGAGAACAGAACAACACGACAUCCGAGAGGCUUGAACCAUACAUGACCAACAGAAAUGUGUAUGAAUAUGUCCAAUCAAUCUUCUAGAGUUACAACUGCAAGCACGAACAAAAUAAUGAUCUUCAACCUCCUCCUGUGAGAAAAUUCAGUUUCAGAAGUUUGAUCUUGAUUUUCUAGGUUACCUUUCUUUUUCUACUGGUAUUGUUCUGCUUGUCGAAAAAGAAAAUUUGAGAAAUCACAUGUAGUGAUCAUCAGUCAAAUCACCAUAACCAUGAUCUUGUUCAUGUUGUUCAACAUCGUGAUUCAUAACACACCUACAGAUGCCGGAGAAGUAGAUGAAGAUGACCCUGACCUUAAUAUUAUCGACGACGACGACGACCCUGACGGUACCAGUGAUGCUUUUAACUAUCUCCCGCAGCCGGCUGCUGCUGCGGAUGAGACCCAAGACCAGCCAGCUGACCCUAGCGAAGCUGCGGUCUCCGCAGGCGCAGAGGGCAACAACGAGGGCAGCGAACAGCUAGCUGCUGCAGCGGCUGCGACUGUGAAGCCGGAUUCGGUGGCCCCGCCUCCUGCUCCAGAAGGGAACCAGGCACAGCCGUCACCUAGUGAGGACGGUGCAGCGGCGUCUGGAAUCCGCGCCAAACCUGCAGCUACUAGCAACCCCCCUGAAGGCGCGACGGAGGCUUACGGUGAAGGAGGAGCACCAGCUACGGACGCCGCUGACCCGGUGGCUGACGCAACAUCUGCAGUUGUUCCCGCUGUCGCGGCGCUUUCUGAUGGCCCGUCUCCUCCACCUGCUGUCGCUACCAGUCUGUCACAGCCUCAGGCGGUCUCUACUGCUGAACAAGGCGGGUCUGCUGGCGACCGAGCAGAUGUUGCCUCAGGCGUCACGACUUCAGGUGGUGCAUCUUCAUCUGGUGCUGUCGGACCUAGUGAUACGCUUCCUGCCCCUGGUACCAGUGAGUCACAAGUUGUCUCUGCUGAAAGGUCUGCUGACGGCGUCCAGACACCUGCUGUCGCCCCAGCCGGCGCGACCGGUGGUGCACCUCCUGCUGCUGAUGCCAACAGUGGUCGUGAUAAUGUUUUUCGUGCAGCUGCUCAUGCUGCAACUGGCACCUCUCCUGAGGUCUCUGCUGACCGUACAGUCCCAGCGCAAGAUGCGUCUGGCAGCAGCCAGGCACCAGUCGCCUCAACCGAUCCGACAAACGCUGCUGCUGUGACCACCGAUCCAAAGGGUCAGCCGAAGGCACAGCUAGAGCAACCUGGUGCCGCAACCUCUUCUCCAAAGAACCAACUUAAGGCUUCAGGAUGAUUCGAAUUGCGUAAAAUUGUAAAAAAAUUUCUUUUCUCUUUUUGUUGUAACUGUAUCAUACUUUCUGGAACAUCAAGGAACUGUAUCUAGUAUCAUAAUGUGUUUUCAGUUCCUGCUCUACUUAAGCUUGACGAGAGUCCCUCCUCUCAACCGUCCUAGGACAAGAACUGCACCACUUUUACUGAUGAAGAUCGAAGAAGAUCAAGAUUCUACUAGGAGAUGAAUACUCAAUCAUGUUAAGUACAAGAUAGUCCGAUCACUGAGGAUGACGAUGACCAUGAAAAUAUGCUUAAGCACGACGAUAUAUUGAGUAGAACAUCUUCUUCAACAUCUUCAAUGACACAUCAUUUAUGAUCUAGACCUUCUAACGCAACAUCCUCGACGACGGCAGACGAGAAGGAAGGGAAAAACAAAUCGUGUCUCUGUCUACUCGAGGUGCAGCAUGAUGACGGCAAGGAUGAAGGUUACGGCUUUCUGUUGUUGUUCAAAGUUUAAGUUGGCCUAUGCAUAUCUAAAUAGAUAUAACUCUCUGUCUAUUCUGAGCAUCAAUAUCUUGUUCAUCUACGCCUUUUGAUUCACCAAUAAGAAGAGAGUGAGACGAAGGCACACAACUUGAACUUGGCAACCUCGUCGUGAGGAGUAAAGGCGACGCUCUAAGGAAGUUGUUCCUUCUUUAUUAUUAAUGAAUAUCAAUAUGUUGUAAGUACAUCUAUGCGAGAAAUCAGAUGUAGAAACGCCAGUAGUACUUGUUGAAGUAUGCUUCUUGAAAGCUUAAGAGCCUCUUCUAAUGUGGAACAACGGAGGACCGUGAGCGCGAGGAUGGGGGUCCCCCAGGAACGGUGUCCAGCACUGAGAGCGGCGCAGACGGGGCAUGCAUCUGUCCCGACACUGAAAACUGAGCAUUUUUAAUGCCUGUGAUAAUUCAUUUUCAGAGAGGUCCUUCUUGUCCGUCCUUCGCAGGUUCCUGAGUUGGAGUAGAGGAAUCCUGAUAAGAUAGGGAUGGGCGACAUAAAAACUCACUGCACCACCUCAUGCUAGGCACAUUCCUUCAUUCAUUCAUAUGAAUUCAACUGUGCUGCGCAGCUCUAAGAAGAUAGGAGGAGGGGAGUCUAGGUGUUUACAAGAUCUGUUAUAGCGCGGAUCCUUGGAAAUGGAAACAACUAAGUAGGGGGAAGAGGGGCCCAGGGUUGGAGUAUUUGGUGAUAUUAAAAAGGGGAGGAGUAGAAGGGCUGGAAGAUAUGGAGAUAGAUAGGAUAGGAUAGGAAUAGGAUGGAUCUAACUUAGAGUUAGACAGUUACACGUUGGAAGUUGUUCUACUUGAUCUUGAGUCUAAGAAAAAAGAAAAUAAUUAUGCUAAAAGGAAACACCGAUAAGUCUGUGUCUGAUCAUGUUUGUCAUUCUCAAGUACUUAGAUGAAAUUUAUCAAAUUGCUCAUUCAACAUCAACAAAUAUCACAAAUCACAACGACGGUCACGAUAAAGUUAAAAAUGCUACUACUACGAUAAAGCUUGAAAUUAAAUUUUGAAUAUCAACAUUCACUAUUCACAACUGUUAGACAAUAACAAUCGAUGACAUUCACACAAGAACUACAUGCAAGUCGAUGAUGAUCAUAGAGUUGUAGAUAUUUGAAUGCUGAUCAAGUAAAUCAGAACAAGAACAAGGAAGUGCAAGUAACUAGAAGUACUAAGAACGAAGUAGAAUUAUAUCUAUUUUAUUUCACACCCACACGACCCACAUCAGUCACCACGAAUAGAGUUUCUCACGACGGUUAUUAAACCACCACGGUAGUGGGACUUCUCAAAAAUCUCAAUGAAGAAACAAAGGUAGAAGAUAUUAUUUUCUCUGGCCUCUCAGCACCAGCUCGAUGACCACCGCGAAAUUAAAACCCUCCCUGAAGAAACCUGUACAAAACCCAAGUCUAUCUACCGAGCAUCACCUAUAAUAGGAACACAACCCAUUGUAAAAACUUCAGCUUCACCAAGAAAGAGUCUAAAUGUCUCUGAACAAAGAAUAUCAAGAAGAUCAACAUCAGCAAGAUAGCAACAAACCCAAGACUCUAUUGAAGAACUAGAACAACAUGCAUGAAAAUAAAUUUUUGAAGGCACACAACCAUUUCCACCUUGGAU